AUGGCUGUGGGUGCCGAUGUGGAGUUCAUGCCCUUCUACUUCUGGGUUUGCAUGUGGUGUUCGCUCUUCACCAUUUUGGUCGCGGUCUUCGACCUCUGUGCUCUCAUGAAGCAUGUGACCAUGUUCUCGGAAGACAUCUUCGCGGGCCUUAUUUCCUUGAUCUUUAUCAUCGACGGAGUUAGGCCUAUUAUCGAGAACUUCUCGGAGAGCAAGAUGAGCUUGACCAGUGCCAUGUUCGAGGCCCUACUCUUCAUGUACACCUUUGGCUUGGCGACCUACCUGUCCCACUUCCGCCGCACGCCUUGGCUGCUCCGGCCCAUCCGCAACCUCAUGGCCAACUUCGCAGUGACCAUCUCCCUGGUCACGGCCUCGGCCCUGGCAGCGAUCUACUCCAGCGACACGAACCUGAGAAUGCUGAGCGUCGACGCGGACUUCUCCCCGAACCUCGUCUUGUCGGAUGGCAGCAAGCGGCCCUGGGUCGUGAAUCCCAUGGGCAUCGAGCGCGACUUCCCGGCCUGGGCCAUUGCUUACGCGAUACUUCCAGCAAUUGGUUUCGCCGUGCUGGGAUACCUGGACCAGAACCUCACGUCUGUGAUCGUGAACAGGCCUUCCAACAACCUGCAGAAGGGGCCAGGCUAUCAUCUGGAUCUGUUUGUCAGGGGUGCUUUGACGCUGCCCGUCUGCGCCGUGUUGGGCCUGCCUCUGUCGGUGGCCUCGACGGUACCUAGCAUCACCCACGUGAUCUCGCUGACCACCUAUGAGGUGAAGCAGCUGCCGGAGGGCGAGCGCAAGGUACCGAGCAAGGUCGUGGAGCAGCGCGCAACAAAUUUUCUGAUCCAUGUGCUCAUAGGAUGUGCGCUCUUCCUGGCGCCGGCGCUGAAGUUCCUGCCACGGGCCGUGCUGCAAGGCGUGUUCUUCUACAUGGGCAUCGCCAGCUUGACCGGCAACAAUCUUUUCGACCGCCUCUUCCUGUGGCUGAUCUGGGACCCGACCAAGUACCCACAGUACCACUACAUCCAGAAGCUCCCCAUCCGCCGCGUGCACCUCUACACCCUGGUGCAGGUGGUCUGUCUGGGCAUCUUGUACGGUCUCAAAGCCAUCAAGGAGACUUCCGUCGUCUUCCCUUUCUUCAUGGCUUCCCUGGCCAUCAUCCGGAAGGCCAUGCGCUUCCUCUUCACGCAGGAGGAACUGGAGCUGCUGGACAGCCUGCCAGCUGAGGACGAGGACGGCAAGGGGCUGAGUCCCGAGCAGCCGGACUUGGUCAACCUCGAGAAGUCCAAGGCCACUGGCAGACCUGGCAGCUUCUGCGGGGCUGUUGGGAUUUAG